GGCGCGCGUGGAUGACGUCACCGGCGCGUGCCCCGUAGCCCGUAGUAACCCCGAGUCUGCGGAAGUGGAGACCCUUGGGCAGGCAGCUGAGACAGGGGACUGAAGGCUGUGGAACCAUAAUUUGUGAAUCGGUGUUUUGUGUGGGUUUUUUGGACAGACAGCCGUUUACAAUUCCGAAUGAGUAAGGCAGAUAGGGAGCCCCUUCUGAGAGUUUAACAAAGCUCUCAACUACCCACACCAUGGACUCAAAGCUGGACCCCUCUCGAGAUGACCUGCCUCUCAUGGCCAACACCAGCCACAUACUUGUGAAGCACUAUGUACUGGAUUUAGAUGUGGAUUUUGAAAGUCAGAUCAUCGCUGGCACCUUAGUGCUUUUCUUGGAGUCUGGAAACAGAUCCAGGAAGAAGAGUGGUUCCACCGAGGAAGCCUGCCGAUCAGAGUCAAACGAAGCCUGCGAAUUUAGGAAGCCGGAACCCUGCAACGCUCCUGUGGCAGAUACAAGGACCUCCUUGUCUCAAAUGGGAUACAGUGAUUUUGCAAUUUGUGGUAAAGGUGAAGGAGAUACUUCUGGCAAAGAUGGUAACCAUGACAACCAGGAACAGACUUAUGGGAUUUCUAGCUCGAAGCACUGCUGUGACACAGAGAAUCAUGGGAGUGAGGAUUUUUUGCUGGUGUUGGACUGCUGUGAUUUAUCUGUGUUAAGGGUUGAGGAGGUGGAUGUUGCUGCUGUGCCAGGUAUUGAAAAAUUUACAAGGUCUCCCAAGCUCACGGUUGUUUCUGAGCUCAGGAAUCAGAUUGUGCGUGAACUUGUGGCUCUGCCUGCAGAUCGUUGGAGGGAGCAGUUAGACUAUUAUGCUCGGUGCAGCCUGGCUCCCGGCUGUGGGGAACUCCUGUUUGACACUGACACGUGGAGCUUGCAGAUCAGGAAGACAGGGGCUCAGACAGCUACGGCUUUUCCUCAUGCCGUAAGGAUACGGUACAGAACCAAACCCCAGGGGCGAUCAGUCACAUGGACCUCAGACCAGAGUGGCAGGCCGUGUGUUUACACUAUGGGAUCUCCCAUAAACAACAGGGCCCUUUUCCCAUGCCAGGAGCCCCCCGUUGCCAUGUCAACAUGGCAGGCCACAGUCCGAGCAGCUGCAUCUUUUGUUGUUUUAAUGAGUGGGGAAAAUUCUGCCAAGCCAACACAUCUUCGGGAAGGGUACUCAAGCUGGCAUUACUACGUAACCAUGCCAAUGCCAGCCUCCACCUUCACAAUUGCGGUGGGACCCUGGACAGAAGUGAAGCCAGAGACCUGCUCGCCAAGUGACCUGGCAGCAGAGAGGUCCCUCUCGCCGUCCGAGGCUGACUUUAGGUGUGCUGGCGUCUGUGGCCACAUGGAAUACCCCUGCCGCUUCCAGAAUCCGUCUGCCACAACCCAGGAGAUCAUUCCUCAUCGGGUGUUCGCCCCCGAGAGCCUCGCAGGUGCCUGCCAGGAGACCCUUCUGCAGCUGCUCUCUCCUUGCCUCUCAGCAGCGCACGCUGUGCUGGGGACACACCCAUUCUCCAGGCUGGAUGUGCUCAUCGUCCCUGCCAACUUCCCAAGCCUGGGGAUGGCCAGCCCACACAUCGUCUUCCUCUCUCAGAGCACCCUGGCCGGAGGGAGCCACCUCUGUGGGACCCGGCUCUGCCAUGAAAUUGCUCACGCCUGGUUUGGCCUGGCCAUCGGGGCCCGCGACUGGACGGAGGAGUGGCUGAGUGAAGGGUUUGCCACUCACUUGGAAGAUGUAUUCUGGGCCAAAGCACAGCAGCUGGCCCCCCACGAGGCCCAGGAGCAGCAGGAGCUGCGGGCAAGCCUGCGCUGGCGGCGCCUCCAGGACGAGUCGCGGAACUCGCCCGAGCAGCUGCAGGUGCUGAGACCCAAUAAAGAGAAAACUGGCCAUGUGAGUGAUUCAGGAUCGUCUGUCAUUAAGCAUGGGCUCAAUCCAGAGAAGGUCUUCAUGCAGGUUCAUUAUUUAAAGGGUUAUUUCCUUCUCCGGUUCCUUGCCAGAAGACUUGGAGAUGACACCUAUUUCUCCUUUUUAAGAAAAUUUGUGCACACAUUUCAUGGGCAGCUGAUUCUUUCCCAGGAUUUUCUUCAAAUGCUGUUGGAGAACAUCCCAGAAGAAAAACGGCUGGGUUUGUCUGUGGAAAGCAUCUUCCGAGACUGGCUGGAGCGCCCGGGACUUCCCCAGCCUCUGCAGACGGAGCGCCAGGCCGGGGCGGAGUGCGGGCUCGCGCGGCAAGUGGGCGCAGAGGUCGCGAAAUGGAAGCGAGUGAACCGGAGACCCCGAAAACGGAAGCGAAGAGGGACCGAAGAAGCGUUUGAAAAGAAAUGGUCAGUUUGAUAAAAUAAUGUCAGGAUGCCAAAGGACAAAGCUGGAGCAGUCAAUAGCCAGAGCUAACAGUUUGGCUCCAGUGAGGACCGGUUGGAAGAUCUGGAAGAGCUAAGUAGAAGUAAAUCUCUAAGGAAUUUCAUCUGUAGGCGUGGUUUGCUGUUUCUGAAAUGAAUCCCUUUGACACCAGAUUCACAGGAUAUAUUUUUGAAGAAAUUGCUGCAGUGCAUAUAGCAUGUCUGUCAGUAAAGGCAGUCCCCCACCCCCGUCAUUCUUCCAGAACCCGCCUCCCAUGCGCUUUCAGCUGCUCCACACAGAAAAUGGACGCGAGAGUAGUGACCCCGGACUCCACGGAGACGCGCCUGUGACAUUGGAAGCACUGUUUUCUUGAAUAUAAAGAUUGUGCAGAUACCUAUGUUUAAAUCCCCAGAUUUUGCUCUCUAGUGAUGGAGAUGUUUUUAAGACUUCCUUUAUAAGGAUGUACAUGUGACCCUCUGUGAGCAAAUUUCUCUAACUCUAAGCUUGAGGGCAGUUGGAAUCUUCUAGUGACUUCGCUUUUUCAAGAUCUUACCACUGACUCAUAUUGAAGAUAUGAAAAUAUUUUUAUUGUGAUGUUGUGAUGCAUGAAGAUGGAAUUUAUCUGGUAUUCCUAUUUUCUUUGCUUAUGAAAAAAAAAUUCCUAAAUUUUAAAUAAAUUUCUAAGAGUAGCUGAUCCUUAAAAUGACAAGAAUCAUAAUGCAAGGUGGGUGGGGGAAGGUCUUUGUUCCCUUAUAAAGGUGUUAAGUCUUUUUUUUUUUUUUUUUUAUAAAAGCUUUCCUUAUUUCCUAAUUAUCUUUAAAUAUAUUAGCUAUAAAGUAAAAUAUGAAUUUACUUGCUUUUAAAAAACAAAAGUGUGGCAUUGUAUUAUUUUCAGGAAAUGACAGGAUGGUGGGGAGUUUUUUAACUUGGGGGGAUGCUAAUAUUGGUUCCGAUGUUACCAGGUGUGGCCUAGGGAAGGAUGGAGGAGAGCUGCUGCCAUGAGCUCCAUCUGACCUCCAGACCAGGCUGAGUCAGCAGGGGGAGGGGUUAGAGCCGGUGGCCUUGUUCUUCAGCCUGGCCACAAGCUCGCCUCGGCAGCCAGUGCUCUGAGCGUCGUUUCUGGCCCAUUAGCGGUUAUGGGUGCAGAUGCUCACUGCAAUUUGGCAGGCUAUGCAUUGUGAAUGUGCCACUUGGAAAAGUGGAAACACCUAUUAGACUUCCAUUCGAAGCGGCGAGGCUGACGUUCCGUUGGAACACAGCAGAUGCACGAGGUGUCUGCAGCCUGAGUGGGCAUGGAAAGUGUAGAUCCCAUAGAGGCUUUUGAACUGUUUUACCCAGAAGGCCUCUGAGCAUUGCUGGUAGUUUGGUUAUGAGUAACUGUUUUAAGAAGUUUCUGGAAUCGUAUUUUUUAAUCCAUGUUUUAGCCUAUAUUGAGACUUUUUUAAAAAGUAAUUUCCUUAUCAACCUCUAGCCACUUUAUCCUAAGAAUUCUUUCUGAAGUCAUCCUUUGUUUAUUUUAUCCAGAAAGCCAAUUAGAGUUCAUUGCUAGAAAAUGAUAGGCCGGACAAAUAACCUUGAAAAAUGUUUUUGUUCUUGGCCCCUAAAAGUCACUGUCUAAAGUAUUGCCACAUUUGGUUAUACCAGAUGUGCAGGGUUUUAUUAUUUGAGAUUAUGGUAUAAAAAUCACAGCAUUUUGGAUUCAGGUUUUGUUGAAGUUUAACUUGUAUUUUCCCUGGAAUAUUUACGUUUCUCUUCCACGCUCACUUUGUGAAGGAAAUAAGGCAUAACAUUUGCUCUGGGCAAUCUCGGAGAUUGCUGAAGGGCUGCCGAAGGAGCAUCUUAGGACAGUAAAUGGUUCAGUCCACUACACCAAAGAGGGAAGCCCGCAGCCGUCACCCCUCUCCGGCUGCUCUCUGCAAGCCUCCGACACUCUCGGAGAGAGGGACUCGCGUAGUCCUGAGAACUAUGGCAACAUUACAAGUGAUUUAUCUAAAUAGUGUGGCCCAUUGCCUGACAGAACAAGCUGAUCGGUUCCUGAGGGCGGAUCUGGGCCUGCUUUCUGAUUGGCAGUGACCCUGACUGAGCCCCCAUUGACAAAGUGUGCCAAGGAGUGAGGUGACAUGGUGGGGAACGGUGACACCCCAGAUCCAUAGGAAGUACAUGGGGCUCUUCAGAUGGAAGUGUGUGGGAAAUGGUCCCCUCCGUCCACCCUUUCACCCAUGCUUCGUUGCAAAGCAAGUUCUUAGGACCGUAUCACCCAAAUCUAAAGCUGUAUGUGCUGUCUUGACACAGGGGAAGGGAUCUAAGUUUCCUGAAGAAUCAAGUGCAUUCAAGCAGGGUGAACAAACAACAACACUGAUUUCUCUCCGGUUACACCAAAAGUGGUGGCAUAACUAUAGCAGAUUCCUGGAAAGCUAGAUACCAGCAACCUUGAAUGAUGGGGUAGACAGGAAUGAACCCAGCCCGGAGUGUACUUGGGAAACUGUUUGCAGCAGCUGCACUUUAACAAGCAUUAGGCUGUGAAUUUUUCUGUGCUUUGGUUUCUAGUCAAUUUGCGCAAAUUUUAAAUCUGAAUAUAAACACAUACACAUACUCCCCCCCCCAAAAAAUGUAUGAAAUUAUAGAAAAUCUAAUGCUAUAAUCCCUGUUUGCUAUAACCCUUGGUAACCACAGCAAACAAAUCCAGGCCACUACCUGGUUAUGUAGAGAUUCGGGUGACUAAACCUAGCCAAUGAAGACAGAGCAGCCAUAAAUAACUCCUGUUGUUGCAAAAUGAUUAAUAUUUCCAUACUGCAAGCAAAUCAUGGAUACUCUGCCUCCAUGUUCCCCUGCAGGAGAAGGGAUCUCCUCAUGGGGAUGGUUUUUAUUGUCAAGGGAGAUUUCUCUUCUUGUCUUUUUUAUUAGUUCUGCAUUAUGAUCCUAAAAACUUGUAGAUCUUAUCACCAGCAGCAAGCUCUGUUCAUGACUGAAUACUAGCUGGUGCCCUGAAUGCUGACUUCAUUAGCCUCACCCAGCCAUUCCUUUUGAGGGGGCAGGUGCCCAUCAGGGCCUCCCCUGCCACCAGGGGGAGGUAACAGGAGCAGCUGGGCUUGAAGAGAACCUGUGGUGAAUGUAUUGACCAGGCAGGUUUCAUAAGGUUUCCAGUAAACUCGGAACUAAGCGCUCUCGUUAGACCAGGCGCUGCUUGGCUUCAGGUGGGGAACUGGCCAGCUGUAGGGUUACAAGGGUUUUGUGGACCUGCUGGAUGCAUGCAAGUCGGAUGCAGCACCUGUAGGUGUGUAUUCAAUGGCUUUACAUUCUCAAAGGCAUAAUGGCAGAGAGGUUAGGAGGGGAGCAGACAGGCUAUUUUAUAUGCUUUUGGAGCCUGCAUCUUCAGCAGUGCGGAUUAACACAGGUCCAAGUAAAAGAAAUAUUAAGACCGGUGAGAGAGGCUUUAAAGAACGGAAUUUGUCCCACCUGGUGACGGCAGUGCUCAGGGCUCUCGGGGUGAGCGGCGCCCGGCUGCCACCGUUGUGCCUGCAGACAGGUCGCUCAGGUCUGGGCUGUAAACUCUCCUGCAGAGAGGAAGCCAGGCCUCCUUCCUCCGCACCUUUCUUCCUUUAAUCAGGGGAGGUGACUGCAAGUUCUUCAUUUUCACAGCACAAACACUAAAUGACUUAAAUUGCAUUGGCAGGUUUAAGAAUAAUGUGUUCACAAAUAAUAAGUCAAUAACAAAUAUACUGUGCUACUAAGAGAAACAGACUACAAACUACGUGUUUUUAUAUGGCUGUCUUCAGUGUUGGUCAUUUGUGGCUUUGCUAAAAACUGGAUCACGAUUUUAAGUAAGUCCCAUCCUACCAGCAAAACACAGUAUUUUACUUAAGUAAUACCUCUCUCUAAAGCUUUAGGGCAAGCUAUACAAAUAGAAACAAAGUAUGCGUUUGUUGUUUUGUUUGUCUCUGCCAUGGCAUCUUGUUUGUUUAUCCAGUCAUUCAUUUUUCAUGGUAUUAAUUGUAAGAAAUCCUUAAAAUAGCACUUGUGUUAUUUAUUGUCAAGAACAAGGAUCUGCGAUGGCAGAUUAAAUAAUACUGCUUACUCUUCAGCGUUCAUAAAAGCAGUUUGGGGGAUGUUGAGUUUUUUAGUUACUACAUGAUUGAUAACCCCCCCCCCCACCCCCUCCACACACACACACAGAACUAAAGCAUGUUAAAGAUGCUGUUUUAACUUAAUUUAAUUCUGGGGAUAUAAUAGCAUUAGAAGCGUGUAGGAGGAGCUGGAAGAGGCGAGCACAGGCCUUGCUAGCCCUGCGCCAUGCAGAGCCACAGGAGGCCACCACCUGGUCUGUCCUCGGCCCCAGAGGACCUCAGUGGGGGAGAGCGGGGCAGGGGCAGGUGGCUUUAGGUCACAGCUUCACCAGAGGCUUGCACCUACAUUGACAGCAACAGUUGCCCAUACGGAGUCAAACAGCCAUAACUUUCCUGUCCUUUGUAAAAUUUAAUGCCCAGCCUCUUUAUUCAUUUUCUUUCCCGUUUUGGGAUUGUAUUACUACCAGGAGAGGUUUUCAGAGAACUAGAGACCAAGGAGGGCUGUAUCUGAUGGUGUUGCAAUUCUGCUAAUGAAACAGAUGAUCAAACACCAAGCCAGGUUUAGCUUUCAGCCUUUGACCGUUGUCUAAAGCCACAUGAUAAGCACCUUUUCUAGAGGAACAAUGUGCAGGGCUGAACCCAGAUGUGUUUCCUCGUGAGCUGCUUCCCCCUGCCUGAGACUCCGUGUUUCCCAGUCUCCCCCAGAACCUGUCUCCAUCCCUGAGACACAGGGAGAGCGGGGAGCUGGGUCUUCUUCCCGCCCCUCUCCGCGAGUCUCUGAGAUGAGGUGCCCCCUCCAGGUGCAUGAUCAUGGAGGCAGAGUCACCCACCUCAGCAUCCCUCUCUCUUUUUGUUUUUGUUAUUCCUAAAAUCUAUUGCUUUUCAGAGAGUGGAAGGGAGGGAGAGACAAAGGGAAAGACACGUCUUCUCUGUGGCCUCCCGCACACACCCGGAGCCUGCAACCGAGGACCAGAAUCAAAUCCCAGGACCCUUCAAUCCAAGGCUGACGCUCUAUCCGCUGAGCCACACCGGCCAGGGCCUCAGCGACCCUCUCUUGCGGCGGACCCAGCUCUUCUCAUCUUGGUUGAGCUCCGCAGACAGUAAUGAGAAUCAGGAGUAUAAAAAACACUAAGUGUGAAAUGAUCGGAAAAAUUUGUUUUUCUCACGUAAGACAUGAUAAAGAACGGCACGUCAUUCCUCAGUGAAGAGUUUACCUGAAAAGAUAAGGCUGGUUAAUUGUUUCCCUUUGGAAAAUAGAACAGUGUGAACUUUGGAAAGCAUCAUAAGGCAGUUCCAUGAAAAAGUCAAUACAGCACGAAAAAAAAAAAGUAAUGGUGCUGAUUGUUUGAACAUGUGGGUUGCUUCAGCUUCGUAUCCAUUCCCUUCACCACUUAGACAUCUGGUGAGGCUUCUCGACCCAGAGGCCCUGUGCCCGCCAGGAACUUGCCAGGUCUAUGUGCGUGGGAGCUGUGGGGGCAAAGGCAGACCUUGUUAGAAGACUGAUUUGUGCUAGAAAAAUAGUAAGGGAAACUAUUCAGAAAUAAGAUCGGCUUUUAAAUCAAUUAUGCAAAAUGUAAAAUCUGAUACAGCCAGAUUCUAAUGGCAGUGCUGUGUAUGUAGAGUCCGUGUGUAUAUGUGUGUGUGCCUGUAUGUGUGUGUGCCU